GUUUUUAAAAGCUUUAGUCAUGCCGCGGAGAGAAUUUGACAACUUCAGUAACUAGCUCAUUGAGAAUUAUUAUAAAAUACCAUUUCGGUUUCUAAUUAAUAGUAAUGAUAGAUUUUGAUAUAAUAACUGUAAAUAUGCCAUAAAACCAGUUCAAGGACUGUUAUCAUGAUCAGGAUUUUGAAUUUUUUAUAGUAGUCGUUACUUUUAUGAAAGUGCGUGUGUUUCAAAAUCUCGCUGCCUGCUGCUUAGACAGCUCAGAGGGUUUGAGACACAGCCGGUAUUGAUUUCAUCUGUGCUUGCGUCUAAUUUAAGGAUGUUGUCUAAUCGCACCCUGGUGUGCACACUCUGCAGAGCAUAUAGCUGUAUGCUGGUGCAGACGCGGAUAAUCUAACAUCUAUUUUUAUGCGAAAAAUACAUAAAGAGGUCAGGCUUGUCUAACUGACGUCAGUGAGAUAUCACUCAGUCACCAGUCGUCCGUUAUUUUUUCAUUGGUGGUCACCAUGACAUCAUUAAAUACCGGAGAGGAAUACCGGGAGACCUCAGAGGUUUUGGUUUAGUGAUGAGGAUUUCCUGUCGGAUGCGGCAAACCGGCAUCAUUGUUCUGCAGAUAUUGUAACUGAGAGCUUCUGGAAGUUCUGGUUCUGGAAGGACUCUAUCUGUAAAUUAAAGCCAUGGGGAAGGAUUACUAUAAGAUCCUUGGCAUACCUUCAGGCUCUAAUGAGGAUGAAAUCAAAAAAGCCUACAGGCGGAUGGCCCUAAAGUUCCAUCCAGACAAAAACAAGGAUCCUAAUGCUGAAGAGAAGUUUAAGGAAAUAGCAGAGGCUUAUGAGGUUCUGAGUGACCCAAAGAAGAGAGUGAUCUAUGACCAGUAUGGCGAGGAUGGUUUGAAAGCAGGUGGCACAGGCUCAUCUAGUGGACAAGGGACUACAUAUCACUACACUUUCCAUGGGGAUCCACAUGCCACCUUUGCUUCUUUCUUUGGAGGCUCCAACCCCUUCGAUAUAUUCUUUGGCUCUGGACGCCAGCGAGGAACAACUAAUGGCUUUGCAGACCAUGGUGACCAUGACAUGGACAUUGACAUGGAUGGAGAUGAUGAUCCUUUCAGUUCCUUCAGUCACUUUGGCUUCAAUGGUAUCAACGGUUUUCAUCAUGGUGGAGGUCGAAGACAUCGUAAUGAGCAACUUCAUAGCGGCCGAAGGAAAGUGCAGGACCCUCCGGUGGUACAUGAGCUUAAAGUGUCUCUAGAGGAGAUCUUCCACGGAUGUACCAAGCGGAUGCGAAUCACUCGCCGACGACUGAACCAAGAUGGAAGGACAAUGAGGACAGAGGACAAGAUCCUUAACAUUGUCAUCAAGAGAGGCUGGAAGGAAGGGACCAAGAUCACCUUCCCCAAAGAGGGUGAUGAGACACCUGAGAACAUUCCUGCUGAUAUUGCAUUUGUGCUCAAGGACAAAGGGCACCCACUCUUCAAAAGGGAUGGCUCCAACAUCAUUUACACAGCCAAGAUCGGUCUUAAGGAGGCUUUGUGUGGCUGCACAGUGAACAUUCCCACCAUUGACAACCGAGCGAUCACAUUGCCCUGCAACGAUAUCAUCAAACCAGGCACAAUCAAGAGACUGCGUGGAGAAGGCCUGCCUUUCCCAAAAAAUCCAUCCCAGCGUGGGGAUUUGAUAGUGGAGUUCCAGGUGCGUUUCCCAGACAGAAUACCACCUCAAUCCAAAGAGAUCAUCAAACAGCACCUACCACAGUCUUAGAAGAUGUUCAGUGGAAUUACUUUAUGCUUGCGUUUUUCAAACACGUUUUCCUUAAAAAUACAGACGCUGAAUUUGAAGAGGGACAAAUAUGUCGCAAGGACCAGAGGCUUAUUUGAUUUUUUUGUUACAGUUUUAAUUAAUUUAUUAUCAAUUUCACUGAACAUAUGGUACGCCGAUUUUUUUGGACAUGUUUUGAAGUAGUUGUGUCAUCAAGGACUUUUUUUUUUUAAAUAAUCUUUUAUUAUUUCCCUUUAACAGUUUUUAAUCUCUGUAUCAACAUGUUGAAGGCAAACGGUUGUAAAGAAAAACAAAAUGACUGAUUUUGUUGGAUGGAAGGUUAAUAUUAUUGGUGCAGUGAUGGAGAUGAGGACGAUCCAGAAACAACUGGCUAUUUAUUCUGAAUUUGAAUCUGUGUUGUUUUGUAGCAGAUUAAACCCUUUUCCAUUUAAUAAUCGAUAAGCUUGUUUUGAAUGUUGAAUAUGUAUGACAACUAAAGUGUUGAGACUUCUGGAUUUUUAGGAUUUUUGAGCACCAGCAGAGUCGUUUGGCAACGAUUUGAUAUAUUUCCACCCAUCUAUACAGGUGCUUUCUGGUAGUUUUUGAAGUACCAGGUACUGGCAUUUCUGGUAAACAUUUAGUGGUUUUUGUAGGUCACACAAAUUUUGAGUGCCUUAAAAUGGCUCAAACAAGCUGUUUUAUUUUCAUUAGCAUAUAGACAUAAGGGUAUUAUUGAAACAAAUACUGUAAUCAGAUUAUUUUGUAAUUUCAGGACCUAAAAUAAUUGAUUGCAGUAACAUCAUUAAAGGGUUAGUUAACCCAAAAAGGAUAAAUCAGUCAUGUAGACAUCAUCAUGGUGCUCGUAACAGGUUAUUGUUUCUGUGGAACACAUGAGUUAACUAGCAGAAUGUCCAGGAUGUUUUUCCAGAAAAGUAGCUGGUAACUGUGUCGCCUCUAGCUGUCACUAAAUAAAGACAUUGUGUGUUGUGGACUCACCAGCUCUGAUUAUGAAAGAAUGAAUGAGAUUUGAGAAGGAUAGUUUUUUUUUUUUUUUUUUAAACAUGCAAAGGAGACAAAUAAUAAAAGACAAAAACAUUAAAAAAAAAACAGAACAAAGAACAAAAAAUAUAAUGGUCACCAUAGGCAAUCUUAUAUAUAUAUCAUAUGUGUAAUUUAGGUUGCAGUCAUAUUCGUCAAUCCAAGUUAUAUUAUAGGUUACAUACAAUUAUUUGGCACUUCACAUGGAUCAUACUAAACAAAAAUCUUUGACCGAGACCGUCUUGGUCAUGCGUACACAACAUUUUACGAUUUGGUCUAACAAAUUGUUUUAUUAACUGAGAAAAGAAAUGUUUCAGUGAAUAAAUAACAAAUUCUGGGGCCUCAUUUAUAAAAUGUUGCGCAGAAACUAUCCUAAAUUUGGAUAAUUUCUCAGAUGUGCAUACGUGAGAUUAAUAGAAUGAACGUACACACAGAAAACGAGCGUGCGCCUCUCUUUCAGAUGUGAGAUCUAUAAAUUGCAAAUGAUCUUAAACUUGCGCGCAUCUGAAUGGUUUCAGUUCUCUGCGUUGUAAACGACACCUAAUUAAUGUCAUUUACAUAUAAAAGAUCAACAGUCAUCGUCCAAAUCCUUUAAUUUAGAAUGGCGAGCUGCAGGAAUAGCUUAGAUUUCCAAAAACCUGCAGUAAUCUGACAAGGAAAAGUGUGCAUGUCUGCUCAGACCCUGACAUGGCACUACAUUUACAUUUACAUUUACUCAUUUGGCAGACGCUUUUAUCCAAAGCGACUUACAAGUGAGGAAUACAACAAGCGAGUCGUCAUGACGAGGCAAAUAGACACAAAAAGUGCUCACAAUACAAGUCUUAGGUAAUGCUCAGAGUAUCAUAAGCUAAAAUAGAGAGGGAUUAGAGGAAGUGAAAGGAUAGGUAUACAUUUUUUUUUUUUUUAAGAUGAGGUUAAGUGCUCACGAAAGAGAUGAGUUUUCAGCUGUCUUUUGAACAUUGCCAGGGAUUCUGCAUUCCGGAUAAAGGCAGGAAGAUCGUUCCACCAGCAAGGAACAGUGAACGAGAAUGUCCUGGAGAGUGAUUUCGUGCCUCUGGGCACGAAAAGUACUUUUCUUUAUAGAUUAGUUUUUAUAAAUAUGAGCGUUGGUGUGAAUUUAAGCGUACGCACACUCUAAGAUCAAAUCUGUUAAUAAAUGAGGCCCCUGGUCUGUUCCUUUCAGUCUUUUUUUUUUUUUUUGGGCAGAAUUUGACAGUCAAAAUUCACUUUCAUUAUAUAGAAAAGAACAGCCUGGUCAUUCUGUUAAAUAAUACAUUUUGUGUCCCAUGGAAAAAAUAAUGUGGACAAUAUAAUUGUUAAAUCAUUGAAGCAAAUAACUAUUGGAAAGUGCUCAUUUGUUUAUAUUAAUAUACACACCAUACAUUAAAAGACACACAAACAUCCUCCAAAGUGCAGCAUGGCAGUCUCAGUAUAUUAAGAUGAAAAUGCCAUUUUGUAUUCCUAUGAGCAAAUGAAAGUGAAUGAAAAACUGUUACUUAAUGUUGAUUAGUGUUUGAAGAUCGGUCUGUGUGAAACUGAGAACUGUGAUGUCAAGUUUUUCUUUUUUGAAAUACAGAUCUUCAUUGUUCAGUAACCAUCGCUACAAAUAUUGCUAACUUUUUUUAUGAAGUUGUGAGGGAUUGAUUUGUUUUUCGAACAGCUUUUUACUACAACCGUUUCAGUAUACUGUAUUUUACACUUUUAAAUGUGUGCAAUGUGAAAUAAAUUGCAAUAGUUGACUGUAUUUUAGUUUAGGUUUAUAUAAAGCACAGAGUCUCCUUUCAGUGGAUUUGUGAUGUACCAUCUUUCUACAGUAACAACAGCCUUUGAGUAACAGCACUUUCUAUAUAAGCAACAAUUUUCACUUUUCCAGGGAUCCAUCCAGAAUAUCUCUUAUACAGUCAUAAAGGCACGUUCACACCAAGAACGAUGACUAUAAAGAUAACGAUAACAAUUUAGUUCUAAAAAUCAUUCUAAAUAUAAAAGAAAAGCAGAGUAAACACCACAACUAUAACAAUUUUUACAAUUUUUAACUAUAAACAUUUUUUUAGAAUUUUUUCCAGCUGAUAAACGAUAAACACAUUGACAUCCAAUCAGAAUUCACCGUGCUUUAAAGAGCUUGAGCAUUUAAAGUGGCAGACGAAAAAAUGCAGCACUUGCUUAGAAUAGCGGACACUAAUAUAGAUAUCAUUAUAGUUAUCAUUCUUGGUGUGAACGGGCCUUAACUCUAUCAUUUAAUCAUUACUGUAUUUGGUGAUAAAUUGAAAGAACACAACCUUUUUAAAGACUAGUGUAAAAUAGUUUUGUUAUGUGCUGUUAGGAUUGUUAUACCAUUGUACUCAUGGGACUUUUGGACAUCCAGCCACUUCUGUUUGAAUUUGAUCGUUUUGAAAUGUCUCAUGUUUAUGACUUCUGUCCUCAUGUAUAAAUCCAGCUCCCUAUGUCCAUUUGGAGGAUAAAUCAAUGCAGAAAGCAAACGGUGUGUUAGUUUCCUCUGAUUCAGAGAGAAUCGUAUACUGGCCUGUAAGCGUGUGUGUGUGUGAGAGUGUAUGCCAUGUUCAUUUUCAGUAUAGCUGCAGUAUACAUUUUUGGUGCUUUAUGAAUGAUUUACAAGAACAAGUAAUAAACCAAAUAUGUUGACAGAAAUGGAAAAUAAUAAUGAUCACUGUUUCAGACUGAAUGAAAUGUAGACAGACUGACAGCUGUCCAUGUGACACGACGAUGUUGGGCACACAAGGUAAACAAAUCUCAAUACAAAAUCAGAAUGUUGACAACAAAUCCACAUUUUGAUACAGUUAUAAAUAGUUCCUGUAGUUUAUACAGAUGCAGAUAUACUGUAACAAGCAAAGGUUUCAACUCCACAGAUCAAUGCUGGACUAAAGUUUUGAAUUUGUAGUUGUAUUUAAAAUAAAUGUUAUAAAAGAAUAUUAUUUGAACCAAAA